GUGCGAUGGCACUACUUGUAUGUACGGCGGGAACGUUGAACUGUCGGAUUCUGCAGAACUGCCCGGAGAUGCUGAGUAAGAGAGAUGGUGUCAUUUUCAAUGACAUAUACAAAAUGGAGGGACGUGUCCAGCUCUCCACGAGCUCCUAGAAAUGGAAUAUAAACGUCAAGCUGACCUCAGAAGAGAAGAGUUAUGACAAGUUCUUUGCAAACUGCUGUGCACACUGGCUUUGCCACUUUAGAGUUUGCUGUGCUGCUUGUCAGUUAAUAUUUUGGCUUGUCCUGCACUGUGGAGUUUUAACUUUACAGCAUAUGGAAAGAACCAGAAAAAGAGCAGCAGCAUUGACAUAGUGUGCCAAUAAGCAGCUCAACAGAUAAUUGUUUACCAAUCACAGUGAAGAAAACAACUUGUGUUCACUGUGAUUGGCUGGUGUGUUUUGUACAUGGAGCGUUAUCAAGCUGAAGCUCACCUCAGCUGUUGAUGAGCUGAGAUUCUGUAUAUGCCUAUAAGUGUUGUGCCUGAGGUAAGACCCUCAGUUUAUCUCAGUGGUCAGUGAGACAAAUUUGAAAGCCAACCUGCCAGGUCACUUUCCAUGGGCCUUAUCCUUUAGCUGUUAGCUAGACAAGUUGGCCGUUGUCUGGUAACCCACUUUUUCUGCUGGAGAGUUGGAUUAAGAUGUAGCGGGAAGGCCAUCUGUCAAGGAGGCUUUAAUAUUAAGGUGCACAUAACACAACAAAAGGGCAGAAUCUUGCACUACACAGGAGCUGCCUUUCCAUGUCUACUAUGGAGAACAAACGAAAUGUGGACAUAAAGGAAGAAGACUGUAAAUGGGAUUCAGUCCAACAUCAGGUGAUGAUUUAUGGCAUUAAGAAAGAAGAGGACUGUAAAUGGGAGCCAGUAGUUAUUAAAGAAGAGUCGGAGCCAACCUCUGUUACCACUGACUUGCAAAAAAAUGAAAUUAUUAACUGGGUCAAGGAAGAAGAUGUUAAAUCUGAGCCUGUCGCUCAGCAUGCCUGUCCAGAUGAGGAAGUGACUGGAAGAGGCACACUGGAAAGCAGACGUCAGGCUGUCCAGGUGAAGACUGAAGCUUUGGAUUACAACGUGGUGAAUAGUGAGACAGCAUCAUGUUCAAUGCAUUCUGAAGAAGAUUUACAAGAAAGUGCCCCAGCGUCUCCAGCUUCAUUUCGUCAGCCAUCUCUUCACUGUACACCACUGCAAGAUGAAAACGUGAAAGGAGGAAAACUUGGAACUCUGCCUGUUGUGAAAUUACAAACUAGAGAUGCAAUCAGCACUCAACAGCUGGUCCGUAAUGCCAAUUCUAAGGCUUUGCAUGCUUCCCAGGAGCACAGUAAAGCAAUUAUCCCAAAAUCUAAAACCAAACAAAAGAGUAAUCCUGCAAAGAAGAAGUCCUACUGCUGUUCUGAAUGUGGAAAAGCAUUAUAUAAUAGUACAAGUCUCCGGAGACACAACAGAAUCCACACGGGAGAGAAGCCAUAUUGCUGUUCUGAAUGUGGAAAGAGAUUCUCCAAAAGUAGCCACCUUCAGGACCACAAAAGAACUCACACUGGAGAAAAACCAUAUGGCUGUUUUGAAUGUGGAAAACGAUUCUGUAGUAGUAGCAAUCUUCGAAAACAUGCAAGAAUUCAUACCGGAGAAAAGCCAUAUUCCUGCUCGGACUGUGGCAAAGAAUUCUCACUAAUAUGCAAUCUUCGUGUUCACUGUAGAAUUCACACAGGUGAGAAGCCAUAUAAGUGCUCCGAGUGCGGCAAAGAAUUCUCACAAUUAGGCAAUCUUAAGACCCACAGAAGAUUGCACUCUGGAAAAAUCACUUCAGAAAAACAAGCACAUGUCAGGACUCGAGAGUGAGGUUCACUCCUGUCCUGAAAGUAAGCAAACGAAACCACUAGUGAGAAAUUAAACCAUGAGGAGCAACAUGGGUGUUGUGAAUGUGGCAAACUCUCUACUAGCGCUAAUCAUCUGACGCAGACAAGAAUUUUACACUUGGGAGAAGUUCAUCCUUGCCCUGAAAAGUAACCAAGUUAAACCAUUAUUGAGAAAUAAAUCUCUAAAAGAAGCCCUAUUGCUUUUCUGAAUGUGGUGAAUGAAUCUUAACUAAUGGCCACCUUCUGUCUCAUACAAGACUGAAUCGAAGCCAUGUUGAGGAUCCAAAUGUGGCAACAGUUCUCCUGUAACAGUGGGCUUCUUAUCUACAUAAGAAACCAUAAAGGAGAGAAGGAAAAACUACCAUCUCAUAACCUGCCUCUCCACCAGCUAUAAGCUCUUUACAGCAGUGGACUCUGAAUGAACUUCUAAUCACCUACAUAAAAAUUACAAAAACGGAACAAUAAAGAUUUACACAACAGAAAAGAUAAACUGCUGUUAAAGUAAUCAUGGAAUUGUACAAAGACAGCAAUCUGAGAGUGGCAUGGAUUAACUAUGAAAAUAAUCCCUUUAUUAGUGUACCAAUUAUCUGGAUACUCUACUGCAGGGGUGGGCAAUGUCGGUCCUGAGGCCUCAUGUAUAAACGGUGCGAAUGCACAGAAAUGUUGCAUACGAAUGUUUCCACACUCAAAUCACGAUAUAUAAAACCUAAACUUGGUGUAAAGCCACGUACAUUUCCAUGGUACCUCAUACCCUGGCGUACGCAAUUUCUCUGCUCGGUUUUGCAGACUGGCAGCACCCAGCGGCAAAGCAGUGCUACUGUUCCUGUGUGGUUACCCUUUCUUUCUUAGCUCCACAUUCCUGAUGCGGCUUUAUAAAUACACUGAAACUAACUGCAUAUUGUUUAUUAGUGUAAUGCAUCUGAUUGUAAUUAAC